AUGACAACCGUGAAUGGAACAACAAUCUUCUUUUCAUGUGACGUUCCAUUUGUAUCCUUUCAAGAAUGUCGAAAACAACAUUCUCAACCAAAUUUAAAAUGUGAAUAUCUGCUUGAUGAUAAACAACAACAACAACAGAAUAUAAUCGAUGCUAACAAUGAAGAAGGUAUUAAUCCCAAUUCAACAACAUUUCCAUCUAUUAUGAAAAAUUCAAGUGUUCAACGAGUACUUCAUAACUCAACCAUAUUUUUUACGUAG